CGCCGAAGGGCAGACGGGCGGCAUGGCCGGGAGCGGGGACUGCGCGGACGGGGCUCGCGCCCGGCAGCACGUGUUCCUGCUUCCAGAAUGUUUAAAAGAUGCUUCAAAGAAGAUGAAAAGUGGGCUUAUGUUUGUAAAAUUGGUUAAUCCAUGUUCAGGGGAAGGAGCCAUUUACUUGUUCAAUAUGUGUCUACAGCAGCUGUUUGAAAUAAAAGUUUUCAAGGAAAAACACCAUUCUUGGUUUAUAAAUCAGUCAGUUCAAUCAGGAGGUCUUCUCCACUUUGCCACACCCAUGGACCCUCUAUUUCUGCUUCUCUACUACCUUAUAAAGGCUGAUAAAGAGGGAAAGUUUCAGCCCCUAGAUCAAGUUGUGGUGGAUGACAUGUUUCCAAAUUGCGUCUUGUUGCUGAAACUUCCUGAACUUGAGAAGUUACUGCGACAUGUGACAGAGGAAAGAGAAGUAAACAAAAAGAAAUAUUACAAGUUCAGCAAAGAGAAGACAUUAAAGUGGCUGGAAAAAAAGGUUAAUCAGACUAUGGCAGCAUUAAAAACCAAUAAUGUGAAUGUUGGUGCCCGAGUACAGUCAACUGCAUUUUUCUCUGGUGACCAAGUUUCCAGUGACAAGGAAGAGGAUUAUAUUCGUUAUGCCCAUGGUCUGAUAUCUGAUUACAUCUCUAAAGAAUUAAGUGAUGACUUAUCUAAAUAUUUAAAGCUUCCAGAACCUUCAGCUUCAUUGCCAAACCCUCCAUCAAAGACACCGUCGGGCACAACUGGUCCUAUUUCCCCCAUUGUGCAGUCGAAAAAGGUGGCAGCACAAAGACAGAAAAGGGACAAGUGACAGCAGGUCUACGCAAGGCUUGGCUGCUUCUCAAUGUAACUUAAGACACUCCCAGAGGGCUAAGACUUUUUCUUCUGCACUUUCUAGAAAAUCACCAAAUGCCAAAAGAUGUAUUUUAAAGAACUCAUCACGAAUGCUUUAUUUCUUUGAUCAAUACCACUAGUCCAUUUGGGCCGCAGCAUUUCCCCCUGGAGGGUGAUUCUGUCAUGGAAAUUGAAAACACCAGGGCAGGGUGUGAACCUGCUCAUAGUCUGAGGAAUUUAAGCCAUAUCAUCCAUCUGCCCCAAGCCUAUGCCCCACAAAGGUGUGCAUUUUAAAGUAUAGUCCUUCAGAUUUCAAAACACUGGGAGGAGAAGGCUCAUCGUGAAAUUCGUGUCAUUUGUUAAACCUGACCACGUUGGCCUGCUUUCCUGGGGUUGGGCGAGCUUGUUUUAGCUCUGUAUAUGGUGAGUUAAGUACUUGAUUCCACACUAAAAGCUUUUAUGAACCAAAUUUCUACCUUUACUUUAAGGAAAAAAAAAAAAAAAAAGGAUGACCUUUCUUUACUCCUUAUCACUUUGGCAGCUUCUAAUUCAUAACAAUACUUGAACAUGUGCAUUUUAUGAUCUGGAGUUAUAGAGAUUGCUUCAUUUUUAAAAGAUCUGUCCAGUAUGUGUAUUAUUAUUAUUUUUUAGAGUGAAGGCAUGAGAUAUGGGGGAAAGUUGGAAAUAAACACCAAAAAGUAAUUUAGUGGGGAAUUCUGAUGCGUAGUGAACAUGUUUUGGGGGGCAGUGGGGAGUUUUAUGUGAAAACGUCUGGGAUUUGAACUGGCUUGUCCACUCGACAUGCAAGAGGAAUUGGGCAGAAGCUUCUGAGGUGAUCUUCCUGCGUUCAGACAGGACCCCAAACCUCUUCUUUAAGACAUAAUUUUGUUUCUGAUUCUCUAACUCCAUUAGGUAAGUAGAACCUGGUUCUGGAAAGUACUCUGUAAUUUUUUUACAUACCUCCUUUUACACAUAGAAAUUUUUGUUAACCUGGAGGGACAUUUAACUUUCUUGUGUUUCUGUAGUUGAUAGUGAAUCCUCCUCUCCAAAAACCCAACUCUAGGAAGUCGGUUGUGGAAUUCGGGAUGUAUUACAGGCUUCCAAGAGGGAGUGCUCCACAGAAAUUACCUGUUUGAAAUCCAGGCUGUUUGGGUAAGAAUCAAGAGGCUGACACAUAGUUUAACAUACGGUUGUGGAGUUAAAAUCUGGCUCUUUCUGUUCUCUCCUUGCACAAUCCCAAACACUGUCCUUGGAACUCAGUGUGUAUUUUGGCCCAAAGCAACCGCCGACACUGAAGUUUUACUGCAGAAUGUGUUGUAUGUCCUGGAGCAGAUUGGUUUGCCUCUCAAGACCACAUCUCAGGGCAGGAGAGCUGGCUAGCGUGAUGGUUGUCCUUAUCUCUCUCUCUCCUCCAGAAAGACUUACCUCGCAGAAACCUCUGUGGGGGUACCAUGCUUCCACAUGUAUGAGGCUCCCCAAUUAGAGAAAGGCUUGUUGGCUUGUUGGAUACACACACACACACACACACACACACACACAUACAUACACACACACUCAUUGCCUCAAAUUUAAUUCACCUCUUCAUGGCCAAAGCCACUAGAUAUUGAUGAUACUUAAGUUGUCACUAGAAGCCCCAGUCUCUUAAAUGUGCCCCAACCUCAUAUUCCAUUGGCCUCUGAACUUUGAACAACUAAUGCUUUAAAUUCGACACACCUAAAAUUACAAAAAUUCAUUACUUUUUUCUUUACAUGAGUAAUUCAUGACAUAUUCCCCCAAAAGUUAGAAAGACAGAGAAAGCAAAAGCAAUCCCUACCCCCACCCCCACUCAGGAUCCUCUGGGUAACUGUAUCCUUGGCCCUGAAUCAGGUCUUUUUCAUAGUUAUCCAAUUUCCAAUAUCCAGUUUCUAUCCUUUUUCUAGCUAGCAGCCCUACAGUCACUUUUCAUGCCAUCUACUUCGUUAUUUCAUCUAAGAACCAAAUCCUAUUGAGUCCUCCUUCAGAAAUACUUCCCAAGAAACUAAAAUUAAAACAGAUCAACGACAGUAAAACCCCAGCACUCUCAAAUAAGCCCUUUGUUCUCCAUGCCUGCUGCCACCAGGCGUGAGGCUUUUUCCCGCCUGGCUGGUCAGCUCUCUUGAGGGCAGAGAGUGGGUGGCCCACGUCUCUAUUUCCACAGAGCUGAGCAUGUCUCGUGUGUCCACACUCAGCACGUGAGCUAUUGAGGCACAAAUAAAACGAGAUACUCCUUCCCCAUCAAAUUGUCGACUUUUGGAAAACUGUCAUGCUCAGAGCCUGAGAGGAUGUGGGAAAUGGGCACUCUAGGAAGGAUGUAAAAAAGUACAGCUUCUGGAGGCCAAGUUGGAAAUAAAUAUCAAAAGCCUUAAAUGCAAAGCCUUGGCUUCAGCAAUACCGCUGUUAGACAUAUAGGCUUAGGAAAAAAUCGUGAAUGUGUGCAAAGAUUCAGCCACAAGAAUAUUCACUGUGAGACUGUUUAAAUAGUAAAUAAUUGGAAAAAAACCAAAUUGGAGGGCUGAGGAAAGCUAUUUUUAAAAAUUGGUACUAAAAAUGCAGGUGAUUCUCUCUCUCUCCGCUUUGUCUUCUUUCUUUCUUCUUGUUUGCCUCCUUAUGUGAGAAAUUGUCUAUGAUAAACAUGUAUUAUUAUUAUAUUAAUACAAAAACAAGAACCUUAAAAAUACUCAGUUAAUUUAUACCAUUAAUCUCUUAAAUGUUUUUCUCUCAAGAUUAUAAUUUUUUUUUAAGUUUUAUGUCUCCGUUAGUAAGUUUCUUGGAGGAAGAAUCUAUGUUUCACUGUUCUGUGCUUAGUAUUUAAGGGGACGCUUAGCAAAUACUAUAAGUAAUCAAAUAAUUGCUCUUCUUCUUCUAUCCUCAAACCUUUAAGGGUUUCAGAUCCCUACUGUUGAUUCCUUGACUUCCCUUACCCAGUCAAAAAUAUAUGUUUUGCUUU